AUGCUCUGCUCGCGCCUGCUGUCCAUGGCCACGGGCGCGCUCGCGCCUGCCCCACUCCUGCCAUCCCUUGCCACUCGUGUAGCUGUCACGGGUGUGCGUAGCGUCCCCUCAACUAGCAACUGGUUCAGCUUUGAUACGACGGAGAGCCCUGUUCCUAUGGAACUCCUGAACCGGAACGCUCGUCGUCCUAAGAAGGCAAACCACGGCAAGCGCCCGUGCUCACACUUCCGUCGCCGUCAGAAGCGGCUUGGAGCCAAGAAAGCAUAG